AUGUCUACCUCGACCGCGGCGCCCCCGCGCAAACCAAUGCCCUCUGCAUUGACCUUCGAUCUACAUGCUAAGUGCUCGACAACGAAAGCCCGCGCGAGCACGCUCAAACUCCCCCAUGGCGACGUCCCCCUCCCCAUCUUCAUGCCCGUCGCGACACAAGCCUCCCUGAAGGGCUUGACAUAUGAUCAACUCCGACAGACCGGCUGUCAACUCUGCCUGAACAACACCUACCAUCUCGGCCUCAAGCCCGGCCAGGCAGUCCUGGAUACGGUCGGCGGUGCGCACAAGCUGCAGGGGUGGGAUCGAAAUAUCCUUACCGACAGUGGAGGCUUCCAGAUGGUCUCCCUCCUCAAGCUCGCCCAAGUCACCGAAGAAGGCGUCCGCUUCCUCAGUCCCCAUGACGGCACUCCGAUGCUACUCACCCCCGAACACUCAAUCUCCCUCCAAAACUCCAUUGGCUCCGACAUCAUCAUGCAGCUGGACGACGUCAUCGCCACCACCUCCCCAGACCAUGCCCGCAUCCACGAAGCAAUGGAACGAUCUGUCAGAUGGCUCGACCGGUGCAUCGACGCACAUAAAUAUCCCGAGAGACAGAAUCUGUUCUGUAUCAUACAAGGCGGCCUGGAUCUAGAACUCCGCAAACAAUGCUGCGCCGAGAUGGUCGCUCGAGAUACGCCGGGUAUCGCCAUUGGGGGCCUUUCCGGCGGCGAGGCCAAGGAAGACUUCUGCAAAGUGGUGGACACUUGCACGGGCCUGCUUCCCGAGAAGAAGCCGCGCUAUGUCAUGGGAGUGGGCUAUCCUGAAGACUUGAUUGUCGGCGUGGCUCUCGGCGCAGAUAUGUUCGAUUGUGUCUGGCCGACACGAACAGCCCGAUUCGGCAAUGCGGUCGUCCCCAGCGGCACACUCAACCUGCGUCAUCGGUCAUACGCGGAGGACUUCCGGCCGGUGCAAGAAGGCUGUGGUUGCAGCAUCUGCCGGCCGAGGGAUCAGGGCGGACUGGGCAUCACGCGUGCAUAUAUCUACCACCUGACGGCGAAGGAGACCGUGGGGGCACAUCUUCUCACGAUGCACAAUGUCCACUACCUGCUGUCCCUGAUGGGGUCCGCUCGCCAGGCUAUUUUAGAAGAUCGGUACCCCGCCUUCCUGCGCCAGUUCUUCGCCGAUCUCUACGGCGAGAAGACAAACUACCCUAGCUGGGUAGUCGACGCAUUGCGGGGAGUGGGCGUAGAUCUUAUGGUAGACUAA